UAUAAUUGACAAAAUAAUUAGUUAGUAAUGAAUUGAAUAAUAUUUAUAAUAAAUAUGAAGAUGACGUAGACAUAUAUAUUACUAUUACACAUUUUUCUAUAAAAGUCAAAAAAGUUGUUCAAGAAUAGCGCGUGGCAAUACAUAUACUACGCAAGCGCGACCACGUAUGACUUCUAACACUUCAGUGCCUUUUGAUAGUAAUAUUAGUCCAUUUGUUUAUUGCAUUUAUUACAUUAUGUCUGGUGGGUGGGAAUUAGUUGGAAGAAAUAAAAAAGAUAAAAACGAUGGAAAGAUCAAUAAACUUACAAAGAUCGAGAAAAAAAAAUUUAUCGAGAACGCACCAAAGGUAGAAGAUUUUCUUCCUUUGAGUCAAGUAAAAACAUUGUAUGAUAAUUUGGAUAAUAAUGUGAAAACAUAUAAUAAUUUGGAUGAUAAAGGAAAUAAAAAGUUUAAAGAGAAAGAAAAUAAAACAAAAGAGAAUGAAGAAAGAAAAAAGCAACAGAAACAACAACAAUCUGAUAAAAAAAAACAAUCCAAGGAAAAACCUCCAAAAUCUAUAAAAGAUGCAUUAAAUAUGAUAAAUGCAGAGGAGCUUUACAAUAUUUUUACUAGUAGUCAAACUAGAUUUCCUGAAGCUUCAUUAAUUUGGUUGAAAGAUCUUGCUGCAUUCCUUAAUAUAAAAAUACCUGUUGAUAAAGAAGAUGCAAUCUUUUCUGGGAAAUCUAAAGACUAUCCUUUAAGUAUAGUACCUAAGCCAAUUUCUUCCAUAUUGGAAAAAGCAAUUGAUAUGGCAGGCAAACAAACAGUACAACUUUUUUAUGAAAAUACUUUUACUGCAAUGGCUGCUGAUAUGGUUAAAGGAUCACCUGCUGUGGGUCACAAAAUAUUUUUACAACUUCUAGCGCGUAUUAAUUCUGAAUUGACAAUUGCUAAUAUUUCUAAAUUGGUUCGUGUAAAAAAUUCUUAUCAAAAUAGAAAAAAUAUUGGUCUUUCUUUAUUAUGGGCAAUCUCACAAGCUGGUAGAAAAAAUCUGACUGUGGGUUUGAAAGUGUGGCAUGAAGUGAUGUCUCCUAUGUUAGAAACGAAGAGUUACUGUAAUUAUGUAGCACAAAUUUUGAAUGAUCUUGUAUUUGGACAUGAAAUGUGUUAUGAUCUUAAACCAGAACUUUAUCUUGACAUUAUAGAGGAUACAUGUUCUGGAAAAUAUAAUAUUUCUGCUUCUGUAAACAGAGAAAUUAAUAACAGCCUUGAAAAACUAAGAUUGAUAUUGUUUAAAAAUAAAAAUAUAAAUUAUGCGAAGUUAUUUGAAAUGUUAAUUAUAAAAGUUGUGCAAAAGGUACAUGUAAACUAUAGGGAUGAAUUAAUCAAAGCACUUGUGACUUGUUUAGCUACAGAUCCACUUUGUUUCUCUGUCUGGAAAUCCGUUUAUGCUAAAAAUUUAUAUCAAUCCCAUUUAAUUUUAACAUAUAUCGACAUUAAAUACCAUGUUUUACACACAACAUUGGAAACCAGAUGUUUGAAAGAAACAUGUAUAAUAUUUCAGACAAUUAAUGAAAAGUGGAAAAAGGGCAAAGAUGAAAGUCUUGCUAAUAAUUGCACUAAAACAUGCAAGGCGUUAUUAUUAAAAAUGACAGUUUCUGCUAAUAAGAAAUUUCCUUGGAAAAAGGGAAUUAUUUUGUUAUUACUUCUUAUUAGUACCAUUUUUGCUUAUGAUAUGUAUAAACAUGAUGAUUUUAAAGUAAAUAAGUUUUUGAAAAGAACUGGGUUAGUUGCUUAUGGACAACAAUCAUGGAUUAUAAUGCAAGAAUAUUCUUCUAAAACACUUGAUUUCAUAGAAGCUACUUCACCAGAAUAUUAUAAAAUAACUGUAGAAACAUGUAAACCUUAUAUUAAAUUAGCAGGGGAUAUUUAUCUUUUGAUGAAACAUAUUUCUUUUAAAAUUUAUGAUAAUAUUGCAGAAUAUAUUGAAAAAAAUGGUCCUUUGGUUAUACAAACAAUAGAGCAUUAUGUCCCAGGAAUGUUGGAUGAAAUUAAAUUACGAAGUAAUCAAAGUUUAGAACUUUUAAAAGUAUAUUCAAAUUUAUUAGUGGAAAUGUUGACUGAACGUUCAACUGCAACACUUCAAUGGCUAGAACAUAAUGUUUUUGUUGGAAAAUUAAGUCCAGAAAAUUUACAAAAUUAUGCCUCAAAAGCUAUUGACACCACACAGACAUUAGCAAGUCAGACUUAUGAUUGGGUUUAUGAAAAGGUGCAAACACUCUCUAAAGUUCCAUGAAUGAAAUUCAUCAAAUUUUUAUGUACUAACUUUUUUCGAUGAUCAAAAAAAAAUCUCUUCAUACCUCUGCAUUUAGUUCUAUAAUUCCAAAGUUGAUAUACAUUUCCAAAUAUAUUGUGACAGCCAUUUUACCUGUGAUAUUUGAAAAAUGUAUCAUAUUUCAAUUAUGAUAUUUUAAAGCUCCACAAAUUUAAUGAAAAUAUCUUUUUUUUUGUUAUUUUGUUUCAUUAUUUCGAAAUAAUUAUCAAAGUAAUAUAUAGACUACAUUAUGUAGUGUCAAACUUAAAACCUCUUAUUUGUAUAUUCAUUAAUAUAUUUUCAUGUUAAUACGGUGUUGAAUGGUAAUAUAACAAGUUGAUUUAUAAACCAGACAAUGUAUUAAAUAAAGUUACUUUUUGGUAUCUUCUUUUUUACAAAAAUAAAGGAAAUAUAGAGUAUGAUUAAUUUUAUAAUACAUGUAGAGUAUUAACAUAAUGUCACUGGAUACAGCAAUAAGAGUAAUAAUAUUUAUAGGACAUAUAGAAUAAUGAUAAAUAUAGGCAUAGUAAUAUAAUUAUUAUUAUAAUUAUAAUUAUAAUAGCGCUAAUAGUGCGAUUUUAAUGGUGGUGAUUAUAGUGACAAUGAUAAUUUUAAUAAUAUCAAAAAAAGUAAAGAAAAAGAAAAAAAGAAAAAUAUUGAAAUUUUACAUAAUAAGAGAUCAGCGAAGUGUGACACUCAUCGCAUUCAUAGAACUAUGUACGUAAAAAUGAGUCUUUUUGUUUCCAUUCUUUUCAGAAAUGAAUGUAGUAGAAAUUAUGUUUUUUUUAAAUAUAGUUUCACAGCUCCUUUCUUCCCUGAUUAUAUGUACGAGCGUGCAAUGCUAAAACGCACACUGAUUAUGAAGUUAAUAUUUUAGUUUGAAUUGUUGUGUUAGAGCUCAUGAGGAAAAAAGACUUUCAUUGUAUUUUUAUAUAUUUGAUUGCAUAAAUAUUCUUCCUCUUCAUCUCUAAUUCGUGCAAGUACUUCCAAAAUUUGGACUAUGGUACAUGGUUCGUUUCUUCCUUUGACCAUUUUAUCAGGUUGCCACUUUUCCUUUUUAAUAGAUGGAAAGUUGGUAAUAACAUCUUUUGCAGAAGCAUGCAUAGGCCUUAUUUCACACCAUGGACAAUCAGUUUCUAUCAUUAACUUAUCUGAUGGUAUAGUUGUAACAGCAAAAAGAUUUUCUUCUGUUUUUAGAGAACAUCCAUUAAUACCAAUGUAUAAUCCCAUUUGUAAAAUAGAAUUAGCUUCUUCUGGAUUGCCAUCAAAAGAGUGUACAACACCAGCUGUUAACGUAUCUUUAUGUUUUCUUAAAAUUCUUACAAAAUCUUCACUAGCGUUACGACAAUGUAGAAACAUAGGUAAUUUUAAAGUAGAACAUAAAGAUAAUUGCAUUUCAAAAUACUUUUUCUGGAUAUCUUUGGAACAAAAUUGCAACCUAUCAUAGUCUAGUCCCAUUUCGCCAAUAGCAACAAUUUUAUCUUUAUUGUCUGCAGCCAGAUCUGAUAAUGAUUUAAGAUACGCUUCAGGAUCACCACUUUCUUCAAAUUCAUUACAACGUGUUGGAUGACAACCAACUGUAGAAAAGCAUCUCACCAUCUGUUCGUGCUAUUUCGAGAGCCUUUUUACUUUCUUCUAUAUUACCGGCAGUGAUUAUAAUUUUUGAAAUAUUAUUAUUCCAACUUCGUUCUAAAACUUUAUCCAAAUCUGGUAGGUGUUUCUGUGAUCCAUGAUAAAUUCCUUGAUACAUAGGAUCUGUCAAAUUGGCCCCGAUGUCUAUAAUUUUCUUAAAUUACUCAUUCUAAUACCGAGCAUUCAACCUAUCAAUGAAAUGACAGUUUUCUCAAACACUGAUACUGCUUGAAAGGUUAGCAGGUGUCUUAUUUAACCGGCGUUGUGUACUGACAUAUGAGUUAGUAGAUAUUUGACGUUCCAUGGAAAUAAAAAUUAUACUUUUUUUGUCAUUUAUUGCAUGUAACAGAUUUAAAUAUAAUUAUAUUUUAUAAAAAUUAAUGUAAGCUGUACAUUAUAUUAUUUUCUAUUCUGCAUAUUAAGUACAAUCAUACAUACAAUUUACAUUUAGAGCCCUAUAUAUAUAAAGAUUCUCUACACAUCAUCAUAUUACAAUUAAAUGAACAUUAAGUACAACAUCUAUAGUUUAUAACAUAUAUUUAUUACAAUCUUUUUUUUCGUUACAAAUCUUAUUUUAUUAAAAGGAAAAAGGUUUUUCAAUUUAUUAUUUGAAGAUUAUUCUAAUUUAUUUUUUACAUUAUUAUUAUUGAGUCUCUUGUUCUCAAAUAUUUUUUUAUCAGAAAAUUUUAUUACUGUAGUGAUUUUAUGAUAGAAUUUAUUUUCUCAACACAUUCUUCUUUCUUUUUUGUAAUAGCUGCUUCUGCUUCUACAAAUUGUUGACGUCCUAUCUUGCCUGGUACUAGUUUAUCUACAUACAAUGCUUGUUGUUGAUUAUAAAGUUCUUUUAAAGUUCUAUCAUAUUUCUGUAAUUCUUGAAUACGAUCAUGUACAUCUCCAGAUUCUCCUUUUAAACGUUGUGCAAUUUCAGCAAUAGAACUGGUUGCACUCUUAUACUCUUGAUUAAUACCUUUCACCACAAAUAAGAAUGUAUUGGCAUCUUUAUUUGCUUUAAGAUAUGCUAAUUGAUCAUCUAGCUCAUUGUAAGAAGUUACUCUACGAUCUUGUGCAGCUAAAAUCUUUUCACACUGCCCAGCAAUUCUUAAUUUACUUUCUGAAAUUUCAUCUUUAUCAAUUGAAAAGUCAAGUCUUACAUAAGUAAUUACUAACAAAAACAGUAAAUAUAAAGCUGCAGCUACAAGCAAUGGUUCUUGUAACAUCAAUAUGCGUGGAAAUGUGUAUUUCAGCUUAAAAUUCUGGAUAUGAUUUUCAAUUAAAUUCUUUUUAGUAAUGGAAAUUACAGGACGACCAGUAGUAUCCAAGUAUGUGUAAUGAAGGGAAUCUGGCAAACGUGUUGCAGAAUAUGGAAGGCUUAGUUCAAUAUUUUUAGAACCUUCUGGUAAAAUUAUCUUCACAACUAAUUCAUCUACAACCAUAUCAUCGAAAACAUGAUCCAAUAAUCUCAUUUCUAGAGUAUAUAAAUCUCCAGAAUGAAACAAAUACUCAUAGCUAGGUACAUUAUAUCCAACUAUAUAUUUAGUUUUCCAACCACCAAACAAUGGGAAUCUUGGACGAAGAUUUAAUUCUACUGAAUCUUUCUUGAUACGAGUAUGUGACGUUGAAAUAUUACCAAUUUCAUCUCUAUAAUAAAUAUCAGAGGCAGCUGCAGGUAAAAUAGUAUCAAAGCUUUGAAUGCUUGCUUCCCAUGAUUUUGGUUCUCUAGCAAACUCAUAGCGUGAAAAUGAGCCUUUUAAUAAUGCUCCAGUAUGUAAUAAAUCAAUAUGUUCUUCUACUGCUAUGUUACCCCAAUGUGAUAUUUCAAUAUUUCUUUCAAGUCUGGUGACAGUGAGGAAUUUAUUAUUGUUUUCAAAGUGUAUAUUUAAUUCUUCAUAAGAAAACGGAGGAAGUUUUUCAUAUGGACCAUAUGUGAUAAAUGAAUCACUUUGUGAAACAGGUUUAAAUUUCGUAUAGGUUUCAAUAUUACGUGAUGGUAAAGAUACAGUGGUUGUUUGUUUCGUUAUAGUAUAUGGUGCAUAAAGAUAAAUGUUACCUAUAUAUUUCACUAAUUGCUUUUCUUUCUGUGUGAUCUCCUUGGGAUGAGGCAUAAGCUCAUGGGUUAAUAUCCAUUCAAUUUCAACAGACAUAGUUCUCCCAGGAGAUAGUGGGUCUUUUAAUUCAAUUUCAUAAAAAGUUUCAUCUGGAUAAACAUUUACUUUUAUCUCAGUUAAUUUUAAUUCAACUCGUACAGGUUCUCUAUAAGCUGCUAUGUAGCUAAGACUAUUUUUUUGUUCAGGUUCCAAUGAAAAAAGGAAAUUACUUAUAUGCCGAUCUUUACUUCCAUUUUCUAAUAUAAGUCUAGUUGUAAUUUUUGUUAAUUGAGAUUGUAAAUCGAUAUGUUUUUCCACAUUUUUAAAAUUUAAGUCAGGAUCGAUAAUGUUGGCGGCAGCAAAUGAUUGGACAUAUACUCCGAUAAGUAACGCAACAUUACAUAGUAAUACAAUUAAAUUACGAUUAAUCAUACUUUUUCCUUAAAAAUUUUUUUCAGUUCACUAUCAAAUAUCACUUUCAACAACCGGCAAGCGGAUUGCAAAUUGGUAUGAUCACAGACGUGGCAUUUAUCUAAGACCACAUAUUAUAUAGAUAAGAAACUCAUAUAUCAAAACAUUCGAACCUAUAUAUUUUCUAGAUUCUUUAUAAAUGUAAUUCAAGUAUAUAUAAAAUUAAGAUAUAAUCUUUUAAAAAUAUUGACGUUGGUUUUUCAUUCCUGCUUUAGAAAAAAAAAGAAAAAAUGAAAUAUAAGAAGUCAUAUUAUGAAUACAAUUUACAAGUUUAUGUCAUAUGGUGAAUCUAACCUUUUAAAUUGAAGUUAUGUUACAAGCAUAAAUAUAUUGUAUAAAAGAAAAAAUGAUUUCAUCUCAAAUUAUGUUUAAUUUAAGAAAAUCUCUAUGCAUCCAGAUAGUAUCUUAUUAUACAAACCUAAUAUAUGAAUUACAUUCGAAAAAAUUGUAUAACUAUCAAACAACAUUUUAUCGUUGUUAUGCAAGGAAGUCAAAAAUUAAUGAACAAUCGAAUACAUUUUGCAAUGUAAGUAAUUCAUCAGUUAAUGUCAUUUUCAUAUUUUUUUUUUUUUAGAAGUUGAAUAUUGAGUGUCAACGAAAAUAA